AAAGCGAUUGUAUGACAGACGGACAUUAUACAUGUGAAGAAAACUCGAUAUUACCGACGACCUUUACAGUGCACAGUUAAAAUGGCGUUUGGUGAUUAUCCAAAGGAAUAUAAUCCUGCUGUUCACGGGCCAUAUGACCCAGCCCGUUAUUAUGGAAAACCGGAUACACCAUUGGCACAAGUGAAAAUUGGUGAACUAGGAUCAUGGAUUAGCCGCCGUAAUAAGAGUCCACAAGCAGUGGCUGGUGCGGUCAGUCGAGCUUGGUGGAGAUGGCAACACAAGUAUAUGCAACCAAAACGUCAUAGCAUGGCCCCAUUUUAUCAAAUUAUUGUUGGAUCAAUGGCAUUCUUCUAUUUCAUUAAUUACGGAAGAAUCAAGCAUCAUACUAACUACAAAUACCACUAAACGGGUUAAAACCCUUUUACUAAAAUUGUAGUUCGAAUUGUUAUUGAAAGCUAAAAUUCCAUUUCAUAACAUAGAAAGGUAAAUUGAAAUUAAAAUUUCGAAAUUAU